GGUGGAGAGGGAGAGGAACCGUGUCUUUUCUUUUUUUUUCCUGCCCUUCACUUCAGAAUUAGGCGCUUCUGUGGUCGCGCUUAAAGCUCAACUCAUCUGCGCGGAGCUGCGAGCGUCCGAGCUCCUGCUUUACCUGGAUAAUCACACCAAUACUCGAAUUUUGUCCUGCAUUCAUUUAUCUAUUGCAAUUCGGUUUUCUUUACGUCCUGUCAUGAUUUGCUUCGUUUUCUUAUUUGCUGCUGUUUGAAAGUAACCGCCUGCAGGGGUUUUUGCGCUCCAUUUUGCGCCAGCGGGGACUGGCAAUAUGUAAUUCUGAGGCAAGACACCGCGUUUUUUUGAGAGAAGUGGAAUAUUUCCUCAAAAAGCCGCUUUUAGUUUACUUUGUGGAGCAGAAGAGAUUCUGAUAACAGUGAUGGUCUGAGGUUAUUGCAACUAACUGCAGAGUGGAUUCUAUCAUUUUGGAAACUGCUUGUGGGACUUUUAAAAUGAAAGCUUCCAUCCCUCUUCUGAUCCUGCUUCAUGGGUUUGUGGUCCAUUGCCUGAAAGUUGUGUCAAAGAGAGGUUCUGUGGAAGGCUGCACAGACUGGUCUGUGGACUAUCUAAAGUACAAAGUCCUUGUUGGGGACCCUGUCCGGAUCAAGUGUGCUUUAUUCUAUGGAUAUAUCCGGGCAAACUACAGCCAUGCGCAGAGCACAGGGCUUAGCCUCAUGUGGUACAAAAGUGCAGUGCAUGGAGACUUUGAGGAGCCCAUCAGUUUUGACGGCGCAAGGAUGAGCAAAGAAGAGGAUGCUAUAUGGUUUCGACCAGCUGAACUGGAUGAUGUGGGGUAUUACUCCUGUGUAUUAAGGAACUCCACGUACUGCAUGAAAGUGUCCAUGUCUCUCAUGGUGGCAGAAAAUGACACAGACCUUUGCUACAACUCCAAAAUGAAAUUCUUUGAGAAGGCAGAACUAAGCAAAAGUAAAGACAUCACCUGCCCAGACAUUGAGGACUUCAUACAGCCUGGGGUGGAACCUAAAAUUGUUUGGUACAAGGAAUGCAAGCCAAAGCAGUGGAGACAAACCAUAGAGAGAAGAAAGGACAUACUGUCCAUCAAGGAAGUGAGGGAGGAUGACAUUGGGAAUUACACCUGUGAACUACCUUUUGGGAACUUUGUUGUGAGGAGGACAACUGAGUUAUCAGUCACAGCUCCCCUGACAGACAAGCCACCAAAAAUCCUGUUUCCUUCAGAGAGCCAAAUGAGCAUCAUAGAAAUGGCACAAGGAAGUCCUGUCAACUUGACAUGCAACGCGUUCUUUGGAUACAGCGGGGACGUCAGUCCACUUAUCUACUGGAUGAAGGGUGAUAAGUUUAUUGAAGACCUGGAUGAGGAACGGGUUCAAGAAAGCGACAUCAAGACUAUCCGGGAGCACCUCGGAGAGCAGGAAGUCUCCAUCUCUCUGACCAUCAACUCCUUGGAGGAGAGCGAUCUUGGCAACUACUCCUGCUACGUGGAAAACAGCAACGGGCGGCGGCAAGCAAACAUCCAGCUCAUCAAGAAGGCUGAACUGAUGUACACUGUGGAGCUAGCCGGAGGUCUGGGAGCCAUCCUGCUGCUGCUGAUCUGCCUAGUGACCCUCUACAAGUGCUACAGGAUCGAGCUCAUGCUCUUCUACAGGAACCACUUUGGCAGUGAGGAUAUUGAUGGAGAAAACAAGGACUACGACGCGUACCUGUCCUACACCAAAGUGGACCCAGACCAAUGGAGCCAGGAGACCAGAGAGGAGGAGCGCUUUGCCCUGGAGAUCCUCCCCGACGUCCUUGAGAAGCAUUAUGGGUAUAAACUCUUCAUUCCAGACAGGGACUUGAUCCCCACAGGAAGUUUCACCAAUGAUCAUUUCCAGGAUGACACGAGACUACUUAGAGCCUACAUCGAGGACGUAGCACGCUGCGUGGACCAGAGCAAGCGCCUCAUCAUCGUCAUGACCCCCAGCUAUGUGGUGAGGAGGGGGUGGAGCAUCUUUGAGUUGGAGACGCGGCUGCGCAACAUGUUGGUGACCGGCGAGAUCAAAGUCAUCCUGAUCGAGUGCGCCGAGCUGCGAGGCAUCAUGAACUAUCAGGAAGUGGAGGCCCUCAAGCACACCAUCAAAAUGCUGACGGUCAUCAAAUGGCGCGGGCCGUCCAGCAACAAGCUCAACUCCAAGUUCUGGAAGCAGCUGCUCUACGAGAUGCCCUUCAAGCGAAUGGAGCCCCUGAGCAUCUCCCACGAGCAGGUGCUGGAUGUGAGCGAGCAGGGCGCUUUUGGCGAGCUACAGACUGUUUCAGCUAUCUCCAUGGCAGCGGCUACCUCCACUGCCAUGGCGACGACACACCCAGAAUUGCGUUCGACCUUUCACAACUCAUGCCACACCCAGAUGAGGCAGAAACACUAUUACCGUAGCUAUGACUACGACCUGCCACCCAGCGGUACGCUCCCGCCGCUCUCCUCGCUUGGCAACCAGCACACCUACUGCAACAUCCCCAUGACGCUCAUCAACGGACAGCGGCCGCAGUCCAAGUCGCCGCGCCAGCAGAGCAUGGAGGAGGGCCACGGCAACAACGCCAUGCUGCCGCUGCUUCCCAGAGAGACCAGUAUAUCCAGCGUCAUCUGGUGACAGAGCUGGACUGUGGAUCUGGAUCUGAAUGAUGUCCGCUACAGGGAGGACCCAGCGCUGGCAGUCGGACCCUGAAUCCACUGGAGCCAGAGGGAGCUGAAAGGCACUAAGAUACUUGCUGCUGUUACAUUUGCACCAGGAAACAACAGGUGGGGGAGGGGGGGACAUCAGAUACAGUGGACAAAACUGCAGUUGAAGAAGGUGGUGGCAACAAUUUCUUGUUUUGUUUUAGUCUAAUAAGAGCUUUUAUUAAAAACUGAACAACAACAAAAAGAAAAAAAAAGAAGCAAGGAGAAUUUUUUUUUUGUAUGCCUGUAAAAACCCUCACGUAACACAAGCCAACACCUGUCCUAAUUUACCGCGAUAGCCGAGGAAAACAGGGUCCUGUACAUACGUUUUUCUAAUUCUUUGUAGCAACAGUGUUUGGGACAUUUCUUUAUAUUUCUCAUCAGUUGGGAAUCUUUAUUUUCCUUGUUUGUUUCAGUUUGUACUAAAGUGAAGCAAUGGCCUGUAAGAUGUGUUGGUAGAACUGUUGUUACCUUUAUCCUAAUUUGUUGGCUGGUAUAGUUUCUAAUGCUUUUGAUGGGUUUUUAUUUCUUGGGAGGGGAGGGGGGGGUUGGAUAGAUAAGAGUCGCAGCCCUCAGGAGAAGGGUGAGAUAUAGGUUCAAGAGUUUGGGCUCAACCAGAAUAUGCAAAAUUUGGAGUCCGGAUAAUGGGAUGCCAAUGGGUUUUAACUCUGAUUAUGUCUGAAUGCUUUUGGAGAAAGAAGACUUUGGUGCUAGGCUUCACAUCUCUAUCUCUCACAGCGACAUUUCCUUUUAAAAGAGCAACCUUGCUAUUUACCUUAACAGAAGAGUAUAUCACUGAAAGUAAUUAUGUGUAUUAUUUUAUGAAAAAAGAAAAGUAUAUUUUUGUAACUGAGGGAUAUUUGCUUAGAGAAGUUCUAUGUAUGACGUUUCUGUUAGAAGUGAUUGGGAAAACAGAAAAACAAAACACUGUUUUGUUAUGUGGAACUGCUUGGCUCCCAAAAAUCAAAGGGACGACAUAGAGGAACAUCUGAAGGGGGAGUUUUGACAUUUCGAAUCCACUCACAGCUCAUCAGACUUUUUCUAUCAUGUUUAUUCGAUUUCAUUGUCAUUGCAGCAGCUCACCGCCAGUUUAAUAGGGAUGAAGCUAUCGAUGAUGUCAGCUUGGAUGAAGGAGAAAGCCAUCGUCACUCUACCCAGUUUCCACUACAGGACCAAACAAGGCUGUCGAGGGCUAAACCAUUAUCUCAGUUAUCCAUUUCCUCCUAAAUGACAGCCCUGUUAUUUGUUUACCAUCCGCUCCCCAGGUGAGUUGUAGUCCCAGGGCUCUCAUGUUUCCCUGCUGAACACAUUGAGGUGACAUUUAGUGUUUGCUAAUGUAGACAACAAAGAUUUCUUUCCAUAAUGAGUCGGAAAACAUCUAUGGUGCCCUGAAAAGAGUUCAUACCUAUUGAAAGUCAUGUUUUGGCAGCCACAAUAUUUUUAGGAAUUACUUUUUUGGGAUUUUAUGUGACAGAGCAAAACAAAGUAGUGGAAAAUUGUGAAGUGGAAGGAAAAGAUUAUGCUUGCAAGUAAAAAUCUGAAAAGUGUGACAUACGUUUGGAUUUCGCCCACCCCUGGGACCAGCUUUUGUGUGUCUGCUGAAGAAAAGCAUCCCCACAGCAUGAUGCUGCCAUCACCAUGUUUUAAAUCUGGGAUGGUAUGUUCAAGGUGAUGUAUACUUUUAGUUUCCCUUAUCACACACGGCCUCUUCCAGUCAACUCUAACAACCUUCUGUGUCCAUGGUGGGGAAAUGCAUCACCACAGCAUGAUGCUCCCACCCCCAUGUUUCACCAUGGGGAAGGUGUGUUCAAGGAUAUGCUUAAUGUUAGUUUUCCUCCACAUGAUGUCUCUUUCAAUCAGCUCUGACCAGCUUCCAUGUUCCUGCUAGGGGACACCAUCCCCUCAGCAUGAUGCCGCCACCUUCAUGUUUCACAGUGGUGGGAGUAUGUUCACGUUUUCCACUGCAUAAUGUUGUGUAUAUUGGCCAAAAAGAGCACCUUGCACAAGUUUGUUGUGCCUCCUACGAGCUUCUCGUUCAAAUGUUUUACGGCCUUUUUUCAACAAAGUCACUUUUUCAUAAAGUCAAGAUUGGUGCUCUCGUACUCUUCUGUUUUUGGAUGUUGGACCUUCCAGGUCUAUAUUUACUAGUAAAACAACUUAUUAAGGGAAGUGGUUGCGCUGGUUUUUAUUUAGGGGUGUGGAAGAAAAGGAAUACAAAUGCACACCUCACAUUUCAGAUUUUUGUUUGAAAAUAUUGCAAAAAACGUUUUCCACCUUCUUCACAAUUCUGCUCCACCCAGUCUUCCCAGUUAAAUAAACAUGAGUUUGUGGUUGUAACGUGACAAAAUGAUGUGACCACUUUUACAAGGAACGUAAAACACUUUUCAAGACCGACCUCAUGAAAGAUUUGACUAAAUAUUAAUAUCGGAUUAACCUUUAAAUUGAAAUAUAUUUACAUUUAAUAAACAGCUAAUGAAUAUAGGGUAAAUUAUUUUUAAAACUAGUAGCCUUUUAGAAUAAAACCCUUCCAAAUACAGCAUAAGUAAUGGAUGAUGCUAAUUAAAUCCCGGUUUACAGCUACCAUAGUAAAGCAACUUUAGACCAAAGCAAGCCAAUGGGAACAGAUGUUAUUCACAAAAGAUUAUUUACCUCCCAUCUUGAUCGGUACCAUUCCACCCAGUAAAGAGCCAUUCUCACGUCGCCUCAGAUCCAUGUCCACAUACCUUUUCAGUUCUCAUAGGAACUAACAUCGGCAUCCCAGACGAUUCAUUUUGUGCCAUGAAAUAUGCAACGUGAUGAAUUUGUAAGACCAUAAAUGAAAAAUUGUCCUUUCCCCUCCUCUAAUGUUUUGCUUUUUAAUCUUUCUGUUGUGUAAGGUUUGAGAAAAGGUCUGGAUUGUUUUGUUUUUUUAUAUAAAUUAUUUAAGUGUAAGCUGGCACAUUUGCAUUUGAGAUUUUUUUUAAUCAGUCUUUAUUUCACACUGUUCCCUCCAAGGUAAACUACAGCACUGAUGUGUUCAGGAGCACGGUCUCUGAAUAGGGAGCUCAGAUAUGGCAAAUGUGUAAAUAAAACCUAAACAAUAUUAAAAUGAAGACAAUCGAGUCAUAUUCAUGGAACCUGAUGGUCAAUAUUCACAAGGUUUCUCAGAGUGGAACCAUUAAUCCUCACUGGAGUUUAACUCCAACGUCUUCUAUUAAAUGCUCAUGCUUUGAGAAGCUCUGUGAAUUCGACAACAAUAACUUUUUUGGUUCAUGAUAAGUAGGAUAAGUAGGACAUUUCUGGUGAUGAUUGGAAAGGUCAUGAUGGUGAUUAAUAUUAAUGAGAAUAUAUAGCACAGAGUUAUUCCAGGCACUUUCAUGACUUUAGAGACGACGUCUCUGUUUUCUGAUUUAUUUUCUAUUAUGUAUCUGCAAUGUUCAUUAAAAGAGAUACUGUUAUUAAUAAUAAAACCACAUUUAUGGUAA